AUGAUAACCACUGUAAUAGCCGUCGUAUUCUUUUGCAUAGCCCUUUCAGCAGUUGAUAAGCUGAGCUCUGAAAUGAUCAAGGGGUCUUCCAGUUGGGAUCAGUCGUCAGAAUCCGGAUCAUCAAACAGUCCAUUGAUUCGUGAAACGGACUCAACCCCUAAUCCUAAUUCGUGGUCAUGGACUCAGACAAACUCUGAAGACCACGUUAACACAUCGGUUUUAAUUCCAGUAGUAAUUGUAGUUGGUUUAAUCGUAUUGGCCAUACAAUCUAUAGGCGCAAUAGGCGCUUAUAAAGAGCACUACUGCCUGUCCAUGACAUACGCAAUACUACUGACCAUAAGCACCUUGCUUAUUCAUAUGCCCAUGAUUGUCGCAAGCAAAAUUUAA